UCUUCCUCCGUCUUCCCGCCAAUACAAAACCAGUGCGAUUCUCUCUCUCACGGCGAGAGAGUGAGAAAAAAUGGAGUUCAGUCUGAGCGGAAAUGCUCUCAAGACCUUCGCUCGCUCAGUCACAUGCCUUGCUCGCAUUGGAAACGAGCUCGUUAUCCAAGCUUCUCCGUCGCAGCUUGCAUUUUACACCCUCAAUGCAUCACGAUCUGCCUAUCAAGCUAUAACAUUUGAGCCUGGCUUCUUUGAUGCCUAUGUCGUUUCUGGUAAUCAAGUGCAAUGCAGUGUUCUUUUGAAGGCUGUUUGCUCUGUUCUUAGGACACCAAUUGCAAGUAUAGACCAUCUGAGAGUGCAGUUACCAGAUCCCGAUUCAUUAAAAGUGCAAUGGAGUUUGAAAUGCUUCAACGGAAUGAAUAAAACAUACUGCAUUUCUUGCAACGUUGAGCCAGACAUACAACACUUGUCUCUUGACAGGAGACAGUUCCCCAGUGACUUAGUUGUGAGGCCUCGAGAUCUGAAUAGAUUACUCUCAAAUUUUCAGUCAUCCUUGCAGGAGAUCACCAUUAUUGCAACAGAACCGACUUCUCUGCCUUCUGAAGCUGCAAGUGAGAUUGAAGGAAAGGCUGUUGAGCUUAGAAGUUAUAUAGACCCAACCAAAGACAAUGAUGCGCUGCUCCAUACUCAACUCUGGAUAGAUCCUAUGGAGGAGUUUGUCCAUUAUUCUCACAGUGGAGAUCCAGUAGACAUAACAUUUGGAGUAAAAGAAUUGAAGGCAUUUCUUUCUUUUUGCGAGUGCUGUGAAGUUGACAUCCACCUAUAUUUUGAAAAGGCUGGGGAGCCAAUUCUAAUGGCACCAAAAUUCGGUCUAGAUGAUGGUUCCGGUUCAAACUUUGAUGUUACACUUGUACUUGCUACCAUGCUAGUAUCACAGCUCCAUGUGGGAAGCCGAGCACAGCUUCCACAAGAGGCUGCCACUGAGCAUGGUGAAUCUGAUCACAGGACUGCAUCCCAACCACAGCAAGAUGGGUCCAGAGCUAAUGUUUCUGGGCAUCCAUCCGAUCAUACCAGAAUAUGGUCUGAACUCUCAGGAAGUGCACCAAGAAGUGGUAAUGCUGCUGAAGGACAGGUACAAGGUGAGAGAAAUUUGAGUUCUUGUGAACAGAUGGAAAUUCAACGAAUUAGUACAAUGCAGAUUUCAAAUGCUGGGUGUGCUCAAGCAAAUAACCUUGUUGAUCGUACAAGUGACAAUCCUAUGGGAAAGGAUCGGGGAAGAGAACGUCAAGAGAGGUCUGAUAUAAAUGGCCCUGCCGUUUCACAACAUCAUCCCAGCAACUGGGUAGAUGAAGAAGAUGAGGAUGAUGACAAAGAUGAUGGGGAUGACAACGAAUUGUGUGUUCAGUCAACACCUCCAUACUAUGAAGAACGAUAGAAAGGGUAAACGCAUACCUAGUUGUUACACUCUUGGCAUACAUUAUUUGUACAAAGUUAAAUGAUGGGUCCAACCUCAGAAAAUGCCAUCGAUUCCGCUCGCUCAGUCCUCAGGUGAAAGCGUAUUGUAUUGUAUAAUCAACCUCAGUGUAAGAAGAUGCCAACUCUCUCAAUUAGCUGGUUGUAUCUGUAUCCUUGGCAUGAUCAUAGGCUCAUGUUGAUCAUAAACUGUUGACUUUUUAGCAUCCAGUCCCCACUACUGUUCCUGUAUAGUUGUAAACAGAACCAGCUGUUGGUUUGGGAUCGUUUGUACCUUCUUUUGCAUUAAUUUCAGGUAUUUCUAAUGUCAUCUUAUAGAUAUGAUGGCCAUUACGUGAAAGCUGGAAACUUUCGAAUCUUGUAUGAGGUGGAAGACCAAAAGCUUUUUACCGAAGAAAAAAAGCCUAGUGAGCCCUCUUUUAUUUCUCACUGUUGAAUUGCCCCAGUAAUCAUGUCUACUUGACUGCAUAAUUGAUUUCUCUCUUCUUUU